AUGGCGCAGACGACUAAAUUUACUUCCUUGGUUCAAGUCCUUACGCGCCCCACCGGAUGGUACUGGGGGAUAUCCAAGAUGUUUCGGGAAUGUGUUAUAAAAUUUGGAGCGUUAGUGGGUGAAGACAAAUAUGGAAACAAGUAUUAUGAAAAUAAAAACUAUUUUGUAGCUCGCCAUCGAUGGGUAGAUUACAAGGAUUGGUGGAAAUACGACGCUAGCGAUAUUCCAGCUGAAUGGCAUCGAUGGAUCCAUUUCAUGACGGACGACCCUCCAACGAUUGAUCCCCCUGUUGAACGUAAAUUUCUAUCUGGACAUAAAUCAAAUAUGACCGGAUCAUAUAGGGAAUAUGUACCAUAUAGUACUACUCGGCGCAAGAUCGAUUCUUGGUCUCCUCCACAAAAGGAAUAA